GAGCCUACACCGUCACCGACCAUUUGGAGACGGAGGGGCAGCGGUAAUGAGACCGUGACAGCUCUGAAGAAUGGUUUAUUAUGACAACAAUAACUCCGCUGGGGAAUGUAACGGCUACAAGUGAAAGUAAUACAAUACAACUUUCACUUGUAAUUGGUGCAAAUUAUGAGAUCAAAAAGGCAUACUCAACCACCUAAACAUGAUCCAGUUUCAAACUCAAUGUGCGCACUAGUGGGGUUGAAUAAACUGAUUCAUUAACCGGUUUAUGAAUUCAGUUUUUACUUUUAUUUGACGUUUAAUCAAUUCUUGAAAGAAAUUGAUGAAAGGCAGAACUCGACAAUGUCUGUUCCAGUACAUCCGGAGACCAGGAAAUUUACAAGGGGACUAAGUAAACCUGGCACUGCGGCUGAACUAAGGCAAAGUGUCUCUGAGGUUGUCAGGACCUCCGUGUUUAUUGUGAAGCCCAAAGUUAUCGAACCCCUGGACUAUGAGACUGUUCUUGUCCAGAGGAAGACCCAGAUUCUCAGUGAUGUCCUCCGGGACAUGCUGCAGUUCCCCCAGGAGGACUUCCAGAUUUUGACUCAGAGACGCCAAGGAAGAACUGUCUACCCCACAGUGCCUGAGAAUGCAGAGAAGGAGGCGCAGAGUCUGUUUGUCCAAGAGUGCAUCAAGACCUACAACACUGACUGGCAUGUCGUUAAGUACAAGUACGAGGACUACUCUGGGGACUUUCGGCAGCUUCCAAACAAAGUGUCCAGACCAGACAAACUGCCUGUCCACGUUUUUGAGGUUGAUGAAGAUGCUGACAAAGAUGAGGACACAACCUCCCUAGGUUCCCAGAAAGGAGGGAUCACCAAGCAUGGCUGGCUGUACAAAGGCAACAUGAACAGUGCCAUCAGCGUCACCAUGAGGUCUUUCAAGAGGCGGUAUUUCCACCUAACCCAGCUGGGUGACGGCUCUUACAACCUCAACUUCUACAAGGAUGACAAGACCUCCAAAGAAUCCAAAGGAACCAUCUUCCUGGACUCAUGUAUGGGAGUUGUUCAGAAUAACAGGGUGCGGCGCUUUGCCUUUGAGCUGAAGAUGCAGGACAAGAGCACGUACCUGCUGGCUGCCGACAGCGAGGGAGAGAUGGAGGACUGGAUCAGCACUCUCAACAAGAUCCUCCACAGCAGCUUUGAGAUCGCCAUGCAGGAGAAGAGGAACGGGGACAUCCACGAUGAUGACGAGCCGGGAAAGGCAGACAGUUCGUUGGGGAGUAUGGACAGCUUUCAGAGUGCAAGAGAUAUUGAAUCUAAAAUGAGGAGCGAGACCAGAUUGAAACUGUUCACCUUGGAUCCGGACACACAGAAACUUGACUUCUCAGGAAUUGAGCCAGAUAUAAAGCAAUAUGAAGAAAAGUUUGGCAAGCGCAUUUUGGUCAAUUGCAAUGACCUGGCCUUCAACCUGCAGAGCUGUGUAGAGGAGAAUGACGAGGGACCAACAACAAACGUGGAGCCGUUCUAUGUGACCCUGUCGCUGUUCGACAUCCAGAAUAGCAGGAAGAUCUCGUCAGACUUCCAUGUGGACCUGAACCACCCGUCCGUCAGACAGCUGGUGGCCAACCCCAGUAGCCAGUUCAUGAACGGGGGUGGGGACGCCUUGCUGGGGUUGCAGAGGGAGGUCCACGGUCUGCCUGAGGAGGCCAUGCUGUACCCCAGACAGGGAGUGUUCUCUGUAACGUGUCCACACCCAGAUAUCUUCCUGUUAGCUCGCAUUGAGAAGGUCCUGCAGGGAGGAAUCACACACUGUGCUGAGCCCUACAUGAAGAGCUCAGACUCCACCAAGGUGGCACAGAAGGUUCUGAAAAAUGCCAAAUUGUCUUGCAGCCGGUUGGGCCAGUACAGGAUGCCUUUUGGAUGGGCCGCCAGGCCUCUGUUCAAAGAUGCAUCGGGGACGUUGGACAAAAGUGGACGUUUCUCCGCCAUCUACAGACAGGACAGUAACAAGUUGUCCAACGACGAUAUGUUUAAACUGCUGGCUGACUUCAGAAAGCCAGAGAAGAUGGCCAAGCUCCCUGUAAUCUUAGGAAACUUAGACGUUACCAUUGACGAUGUUGCCCCCGACUUGACAAAUUGUAUUAGCUCAUCCUAUAUUCCUGUGAGGACUUUUGAUAGCAGUGAGAAGACGAACGUCUACUUUGAGGUGGAGGAGUUUGUUCCCUACAUAGCCAAAUGUUCCCAGCCAUUCACCAUCUACAACAAUCACCUCUAUGUCUACCCCAGGCACCUGAAGUACGACAGCCAAAAAUCCUUCACAAAGGCUAGAAACAUAGCUGUCUGCAUCGAGUUCAAGGACUCUGACGGAGAGGAGGCUGUUUCACUCAAGUGCAUCUAUGGUCAACCAGGAGGACCCCUGUUUACAGAGAAUGCCUUUGCUGCAGUAUUACAUCACCAACACAGCCCAGAGUUUUAUGAUGAGUUUAAGAUUGCGCUACCCACUCAGCUCAAUGAGAAGCACCAUCUGCUGUUCACCUUCUUCCACGUCAGCUGUGACAGCAACAGCAAGGCCAGCGCCAAGAAGAGAGACGUGGUGGAGACACAAGUGGGUUACGCCUGGCUCCCUCUGCUGAAGGAUGGCAGGGUGAUCAUGAAUGAGAGUCACGUCCCCGUGGCUGCCAACCUGCCCACUGGCUACCUCAACUGUCAAGAGGUUGUCAGCAAGCAUCCUGAAAUGAAAUGGGUGGAUGGAGGCAAGCCUUUGUUCAAGGUGUCCACUCACCUCGUCUCCACUGUGUACACUCAGGAUCAACAUUUGCACAAUUUCUUUGGUCACUGUCAGAGCACAGAGUCUGCAGCCCAGGGGACAGGAGGAGAGCUGGUCAAGUAUCUGAAGAGUCUACACGCUAUGGAGAGUUCUGUGAUGAUACAGUUCCUGCCCACCACUCUCAACCAGCUAUUCCGUGUGUUGACCAGUGCCACCCAUGAGGAGGUGGCUGUCAACGUCACCAAAGUCAUGAUUCACAUUGUUUCCCAGUGCCACGAAGAAGGGCUGGACCACUACCUACGAUCAUAUGUCAAGUAUGUGUUUAAGACCGAGCCAUACACAUCCUCUACCACGAGGACAGUUCACGAGGAGCUGGCCAAAGCCAUGACUGCAAUUCUAAAGCCUUCCACAGACUUCCUCACCAGCAACAAAUUGCUAAAGUACUCGUGGUAUUUCUUCGAAGCCUUGGUGAAGUCCAUGGCACAGUACUUGAUUGAGAGCAGUAAAGUGAGGGUGUCCAGGAACCAGCGUUUCUCGGCCGGCUUCCACCACACGGUGGAGACCCUGGUCAACAUGAUGAUGCCCCACAUCACCCAGAAGUACAAGGACAACUUGGACGCAGCCCGCAACGCCAAUCACAGCCUGGCUGUCUUCAUCAAGCGCUGUUUGACCCUCAUGGACAGAGGCUUUGUCUUCAAGCAGAUCAACCACUACAUCCACUGCUUUGUGCCUGGAGACCCCAGGACACUGUUUGAGUUCAAGUUUGAGUUCCUGCGUGUCAUAUGCAACCACGAGCACUACAUCCCCUUGAAUCUGCCCAUGCCUUUUGGAAAUGGGAGGAUACAGAGAUUUCAAGACCUCCAGUUGGACUACUCGCUGACAGACGACUUCUGUAAGAACCACUUCCUGGUUGGGCUGUUGCUGCGGGAGGUGGGCGGGGCCUUGCAGGAGUUCCGGGAGAUCCGUCAGAUAUCCAUCCACGUGCUCAAGAACCUGAUGGUGAAGCACACCUUCGACGAGCGCUACACUUCCAAGAGCCAGCAGGCUAGGUUGGCCACCCUUUACCUGCCCCUGUUUGGUCUGCUCCAGGAGAACGUCCACAGGCUCAACGUGAAGGAAGUUUCCCCAUUCACCAUCAACUACUCCAACAACAAUGGAAGAGAUGAUCCACUCUUGGGCAACACCGUGAUAAUGACGCCUCCGAGGUCCAGUACUUUUUUCGACAGCAGUUUGCACAAGGAUUUGUUUGGAGUCAUCUCUGGCACCGCCUCCCCUCAUGCAUCCUCUACCCCCAACGUUAACUCUGUCCGCCACACUGACUCCCGGGGCUCCCUAAUCAGCACUGACUCUGGAAACAGCCUUCAUGAGAAGAGCAAUGAUAAGAACAACUCUCUGGACAAGAGCCAGCCAGCGUCAGCUCCGAGCGGCAGCCUGCUGCGUUGUGACAAGCUGGACCAGGCUGAGAUCAAGAGCCUGCUCAUGUGCUUCCUCCACGUCCUCAAGAGCAUGUCUGAGGAUGCUCUGUUUACCUACUGGAACAAGGCCUCGUCUACUGAGCUCAUGGACUUCUUCAGUCUAGUAGAAGUGUGUCUCCAUCAAUUCAGAUAUAUAGGAAAGAGAUGCAUCGCAAGGAGCCAGGAAGGGGUGGGAAUCAUAGCAGCCCAUGAGCGGAAGUCUCAGACUUUGCCUGUGUCCCGUAACAGGGCGGGAAUGAUGCAUGCCCGCUUACAGCAGCUCAACAGCCUGGAUAACUCAUACACUUUUAACCACACCUAUAGCCACUCGGAUGCUGACGUGCUGAACCAAUCGGUUCUGGAGGCUAACAUCGCCACGGAGGUCUGCCUCACCGUGCUGGACACUCUCAGCAUCUUCAUCAUGGGAUUCAAGACCCAGCUCUGUUCGGACCAUGGCCACAACCCGCUCAUGAAGAAGGUGUUUGAGGUGCACCUCUGCUUCCUACAAAUCAACCAAUCAGAGACAGCCCUCAAGCAGGUCUUCACCUCGCUGCGCACCUUCAUCUACAAGUUCCCCUGCACCUUCUUCGAGGGCCGAGCGGACAUGUGUGCUUCGUUCUGCUACGAGAUCCUGAAGUGCUGCAACUCGAAGCUGAGCUCCAUCCGCAGCGAUGCCGCCCACCUCCUCUACUUCCUCAUGAAGAGUAACUUUGACUACACAGGACGCAAGUCCUUUGUCCGCACUCACCUACAGGUGGUGAUCGCCGUCAGUCAGCUGAUUGCUGACGUCAUCGGUAUCGGAGGAACCCGCUUCCAGCAGUCCCUGUCCAUCAUCAACAACUGUGCCAACAGUGACAAGACAAUCAAGAACACAGCCUUCCCGUCAGAUGUGAAGGACCUGACCAAGCGGAUCCGGACGGUCCUGAUGGCCACGGCUCAGAUGAAGGAGCAUGAGAGGGACCCGGAGAUGCUGGUGGAUCUGCAGUACAGCCUAGCCAAGUCCUACGCCAGCACGCCCGAGCUCCGCAAGACCUGGCUGGACAGCAUGGCCCGCAUCCAUGUGAAGAAUGGAGACCUGUCCGAGGCAGCCAUGUGUUAUGUGCACGUGGCAGCACUGGUGGCCGAGUAUCUCCGGAGAAAAGGCAUGUUCAAGCAGGGCUGCUCAGCCUUCCGGGUGGUCACCCCCAACAUUGAUGAGGAGGUAUCCAUGAUGGAGGAUGUGGGCAUGCAGGAUGUCCACUUCAACGAGGAUGUCCUGAUGGAGCUGUUGGAAGAGUGUGCUGAUGGCCUGUGGAAGGCUGAGCGCUAUGAGCUCAUCUCAGACGUCUACAAGCUCAUCAUCCCCAUCUACGAACAGGGGAGGGAUUUUGAGAAACUGUCUCACCUGUAUGACACACUCCAUCGGGCCUACAUCAAAGUGACAGAGGUCAUGCACACGGGCAAGAGGCUGCUGGGAACCUACUUCAGAGUGGCUUUCUUUGGCCAGCAGUACCAGUUUACUGACUCUGAGACUGAGGGAUUCUUUGAGGAUGAAGAUGGUAAGGAGUACAUCUACAAAGAACCCAAAUUCACCCCACUGUCAGAGAUAUCUCAGAGGCUACUCAAGCUCUACUCUGACAAGUUCGGCCCGGAGAAUGUCAAGAUGAUUCAGGACUCUGGGAGGAUCAACCCUAAAGAUCUGGACUCUAAGUACGCCUACAUCCAGGUGACCCACGUUACCCCGUUCCUGGAAGAGAAGGAGCUGAUGGACCGGAAGACAGACUUUGAGAAGAGCCACAACAUCAGGCGCUUUGACUUCGAGAUGCCCUUCACUGUGUUGGGGAAGAAGCAGGGUGGGGUGGAGGAGCAGUAUAAACGCAGGACCAUCCUGACCACAACCCACUGUUUCCCCUAUGUGAAGAAGCGUAUUGCGGUGAUGUACCAGCACCACACAGACCUGAACCCCAUAGAGGUGGCUAUAGACGAGAUGAGCAAGAGGUUGACCGAGCUAAGACAGCUAGUUGCCACCAACGAGGUGGACAUGAUCCGCCUGCAGCUGAAAUUACAGGGCAGCAUUAGUGUCCAGGUAAAUGCUGGUCCCCUCGCAUAUGCCCGAGCUUUCCUUGAUGAUGCCAGCACCAAGAAGUACCCUGACAACAAGGUCAAACAACUUAAAGAGGUCUUCAGGCAGUUUGUGGAGGCGUGUGGCCAUGGCCUGGGCAUCAACGAACGUCUGAUUAAAGAGGACCAGCAGGAGUACCAUGACGAGAUGAAGGCCAACUACAGAGACCUGGCCAGAGAGCUGUCCGCCAUCAUGCACGAGCCAAUCAUUCCAGUGGAGGAUGGCAUGAAGAACGUUCUUCCAGACUCACUGCACAUCUUCAACGUCAUCAGUGGUACCCCCAGUGGUACCACCAUCGUGGGCCUGCCCAACUCCUCCUCUGUGGUGUGAGACCCCCCUGGAUUGGCUGACUCCUGGCCUCAACGCUCUGUGCCAGCGCUGCCAUGAGUGGCCAUUUCCUGCUUUUCUGUUCUCCUUAUCACCAAGUUUGCUUUUGGCUAAACUGAGACAAUAUUGAUGUUCUGUUAAUUUUGUCUCACACCUUCUCUGGCUUGUCCAAUGGACCAGGACAAAGGACCGUGUUACACAGUUGUAUAGAGUACAGUCACUCUGUGGAGGAUGGGACCAGGGGCAUUCAUCCAUGAGGAUGGAUAAAUUAAAAGAAUGCCACAUGAAUAGAGAGAAGGGGGGAGGGGGUGACUUGCGGCAUGGUGGGGUUAUUCAUCUGAAGAACAGAUUAUGUGGGGGGGGGGGACUGGUGUAGCCUCCAUCCUGACUGGGGUUCCUGUCUGUGGAGUGUUGGGGUUCUUGUCUGUGGAGUGUUGGGGUUCCAUGAUGUAUACAGUGGAAAUAAAAAGUAUGUGAACCCUUUAGAAUUACCUGGAUUCCUGCAUAAAUUGAUCAUACAAUUUUAUCUGAUCUUCAUCUAAGUCACAACAAUAGACAAACACAGUCUGCUUAAACUAAUAACACACAAACAAUUAUAAUUUGUCAUGUCUUUAUUGAACACACCGUGUAAACAUUCACAGUGCAGGUUGGAGAAAGUAUGUGAACCCCUGGAUUUAAUAACUGGUUGACCCUCCUUUGGCAGCAAUAACCUCAACAAAACGUUUUCUGUAGUUGUGGAUCAGACCUGCACAAAGGUCAGGAGGAAUUUUGGACCAUUCCUCUUUAUAAAACCGUUUCAGUUACACAAUAUUGUUGGGAUGUCUGGUGUGAACCGCUCUCUUGAGGUCAUGCCACAGCAUCAGGACUGACUGGGCCACUCCAGAAGGCAUAUUUUCUUCUGUUCAAGCCAUUCUGUUGAUGAUUUACUUCUGUCUAUUGGGUUGAUGCCCUGUUGCAUCACCUUACUUCUGUUGAGCUUCAAUUGGCAGACAGCUAGCCUUACAUUCUAUUGCAAAAUGUCUUGAUAAACUUGGGAAUUUAUUUUUCCUUCGAUGAUAGCAGGCUGUCCAGGCCAUGAGGCAACAAAGCAGCCCCAAAUCAUGAUGCUCCCUCCACCAUACUUUACAGUUGGGAUGAGGUUUUGGUGUUGGUGUGCUUUGCCUUUUUUUCUCCACACAUAGUGUUGUGUGUUCCUUCCUUCCAAACAACACAACUUUAUUUUCAUCUGUCCACCGAAUAUUUUGUCAGUAGCGCUGUGGAACAUCCAGGUGCUCUUUUGCGAACUUCAGACGUUGAACAAUGUUUUUAUUGGACAGCAGUGGCUUCUUCCAUGGUGUCCUCCCAUGAACACCAUUCUUGUUUAGUGUUUUAUAUAUUGUAGACUCGUCAACAGAGAUGUUAGCACCUUCCAGAGAUUUCUGUAAGUCUUUAGAGCUGACACUCUAGGAUUCUUCUUAACCUCAUUGAGCAUUCUGCUCUGUGCUCUUGCAGUCGUCUUUGCAGGACGGCCACUCCAAGGAGAGUAGCAACAGGGCUGAACUUUCUCCAUUUAUAGACAAUUUGUCUUACCGUGGACUGAUAAACAUCAAGGCCUUUAGAGAUACUUUUGUAACCCUUUCCAGCUUUAUGCAAAUUGACAAAUCUUAAUCUUCUGCGAUCUCUUUUGUUUGAGGCAUGGGACACAUCGGGCAAUGCUUCUUGUGAAUAGAAGACUCCAAUUUUGUGAGUGUUUCUAUAGGGCAAGGCAGCUCUAAACAACAUCUCCAAUCUAGUCUCAUUGAUUGGACUCCAGGUUAGCUGAGUCCUGACUUCAAUUAGCUUUUGGAGAAGUCAUUAGCCUAGGGGGGUUCACAUACUUUUUCCAACUUACACUGUGAAUGUUAAAAUUAUGUAUUAAAUAUAGACAAGAAAAAUACAAUCAUUUGUGUGUUAUUAGUUUAAGCACACUGUGUCUAUUGUUGUGACUUAGAUGAAAAUCAGAUCAAAUUUUAUGUAAAAUUUAUGCAGAAAUCCAGGUAAUUCAAAAGGGUUCACAUACUUUUUCUUGCUACUGUAUAUGACAUCACUGGUAGUGUUUCCUGUGGAGCCGUCCUCAUAGGGAUCCUUAAAGCGACAGAAAUGUGCAUGUGAUGUCACUAGCCCUCAUCAGCUUUCUGUCGUCUCAUUUUGAUCUCUGUUUGUUUCGAUCAUUUGUCUUCUGCUCUGAACUCUUCAAGUGAUUUUCUUUGUAUUGAUGUCUUGACGAACAUUAUAAACCAGGUGGUUUGAGCGCUGAAUGCUGAUUGGCUGAAAGCUGUGGUAUAUCAGACCAUUUACCAUGGCUAUUUAAACAAAAUAUAUAUACGUUAGUAACCAGUUUAUAAUAGCAACAAGGCACCUCAGGGUGGUGUGGUAUAUGGCCAAUAUAGCACGGCUAACGGCUGCAUCCAGGCACUCCGUGUUGCGUCGUACAUAAGAACAGCCCUUAGCCGAGGGAAUAUUGGCCAUAAACUAGUCCCCUGGGGUGCCUUAUUGCUUAAAUAUAUGCUGCAUACAUUGGCAUUCAUCUCUCUGUACAUGUACACAAAGACGUGUUAUAUUUCUACAAAGCUGCAAUUUAUUGGAAAAAUAGCCUCCUAUGAAAAAGUGAGCAUUCAAGCUUAAUCAUUUAAAUGUCUUAGAAUGGGAUUUAUAUAUAUAUAUAUAUAUAUAUAUAUAUAUAUAUAUAUAUAUAUAUAUAUAUAUAUAUAUAUAUAUAUAUUUAAAGCCAUUGCGUAUAAGUAUAUUCCAAGCUGUUUAUUCAUGUAUAUAAAAAAGGAGUGCAAUAUUUGUAUUUUGCAAGGUACAGUGUCUUGCUGUGUUGGGUUCAAUAAUACAUUGUUAAGAUUAUGUUCAUUCUUCUUUUCAAAGCAAUUCUAGUGUUUAUUCACAGACCUACCAUUUGAGUGUAUAUUCAAAUAUUUAAAGAAAUCGUUUUAUAUUUGGGAAGCAAUGGGUUUUUAAUUUUUAUUUAACAGAAAGUCACUUUUCUGCUGUAAACAAAAAUGUUCUCUGAUGCAUUUCUUUUCAAUAAAAUUCACUCAUUCCUCUUCA